AUGCCUGAUCCAGCUAAGCCUGCUCCAAAGAAGGGAUCCAAGAAAGCCGUGACCAAGACGGCCGCUAAAGGAGGCAAGAAACGUAGAAAGUCUAGGAAAGAAAGUUACGCCAUCUACGUGUACAAAGUUCUGAAACAGGUCCACCCUGAUACCGGUAUCUCUUCAAAGGCUAUGGGCAUUAUGAACUCCUUCGUGAAUGAUAUUUUCGAGCGCAUCGCUGGAGAAGCCUCCCGGUUGGCUCACUACAACAAGCGUUCCACCAUCUCUUCCAGGGAGAUCCAGACCGCUGUGCGUCUGCUUUUGCCCGGUGAGCUGGCUAAGCACGCCGUGUCCGAGGGAACCAAGGCUGUCACCAAGUAUACCAGUUCCAAGUAAAGCUGAAAUUUAAAC